AACCGGCUGCAUAAUAUUACCGACCCAACAGAAACAACGGAAGCUUGAGAGAAAUGGUGUUUCUCAAAAUCCCUAGAAAAUGCAGACUCCCAUCUUCACCCCAACUGCGUCUUCCCUUCUUCUACACAACAUGGUACUCUCCACCGCCGCCUCACGGGGAAGACCCAAUUCUUGAUACAAUCUCUCAUGCAAUUGCCAAUUCCCAAUUGAAGCCGCUGCACAUCUCGCUCGGGAGACUUCUUCCCUCCAUUACACCUCGUCAUGUAAUCAACCUCAUAAACCACAAUCCCUAUUCUCUCCCUCCGCAGUCCCUUCUCACAUUCUUCGAUUUCCUUUCUUCACAGCCCAAGUUUCGGCACACACUGCAAUCCUACUGCACCAUGGCCCAUUUCCUUAUUGCCUGCAAGAUGCUCCCUCAAGCGCAGUCUCUUCUUAGCUUUCUUGUCUCUCGGAAAGGGAAGGGUUCGGCUUUAUCGGUCCUGGACUCGGUUAUUGAAACUAGAGGUACCCGUCGGAGUGAUUUUAUUUUUGAUGCUUUAAUGAUUUCGUAUGCUGAUUUGGGGUUUAUGUCUGAUGCUAUUCAGUGCUUUAGGUUUGUUAGGAAGCAUAAUUGUGCGGUUCCAUUUCAUGGUUGUGGUUAUUUGCUUGAUCGAAUGAUGAAGAGAAGUUCACCUUUGGUGACUUGGGGGUUUUAUUUGGAAAUUUUAGAUUCUGGGUAUUCUCCAAGUGUGUAUAACUUUAAUAUUUUGAUGCAUAAGUUGUGUAAAGAAGGUAGAAUCAAGGAUGCCCAAGUGGUGUUUGAUGAAAUUGUUAAGAGGGGUUUGUGUCCCACAGUCGUUAGUUACAAUACUUUGAUAAAUGGGUAUUGUAAGUCAGGGAAUUUGGAGGAGGGGUUUAGGUUGAAAAGGGUUAUGGAGGAGGCUAGGAUAAGUCCUGAUGUGUUUACUUAUAGUGCUUUAAUUAAUGGUCUAUGCAAGGAGGGCAGGUUAGACCAUGCAAAUGCGUUGUUUGAUGAGAUGUGUAGAAGAGGGUUGGUACCAAAUGAUGUUAUUUUCACUACUUUAAUUGAUGGACAAUGCAAAAAAGGAAGAAUGGAUUUAGCCAUGGAAAUAUAUCAGCAAAUGUUGAGGAAAGGCUUAAUGCCUGAUUUGGUAAUGUACAAUACCCUCAUCAAUGGCCUUUGCAAAGAUGGAGACUUGAAGGAGGCAAAGAAGCUAGUGGAUGAGAUGAGAAUGAGAGGUUUGAAGCCUGACAAGAUCACUUAUACCACACUUAUAGAUGGAUUCUGCAAAGAGGGAGAUCUAGAAUCAGCUAUAGAGAUUAGAGAGGAAAUGAUUAGAGGGGGGAUUCAGCCUGACAACGUGGCUUUCACUGCUCUUAUCUCAGGGCUGUGUAAGGCAGGAAGAGCUGUUGAGGCAGAAAGAACGUUACGAGAGAUGGUGAAUGCAGGAAUGAAACCAGAUGAUGCUACCUAUACCAUGAUCAUGGAUGCUUUCUGUAAGAAGGGUGAUGUUAAGAUGAGUUUUAAGUUGCUCAAGGAGAUGCAGAGUGAUGGCCAUGUCCCUGGUGUUGUAACCUACAAUGUGCUUAUGAAUGGGCUGUGCAAACUGGGGCAAACAAAAAAUGCUCGUAUGCUAUUGGAUGCUAUGCUUAAUCUAGGGGUGGUUCCAGAUGACAUCACAUACAACAUUCUAUUAGAAGGUCAUUCCAAGCAUGGGAACCCAAAAAAUUUUGAUAAACUAAGAAGUGAGAUGGGGCUUGUAUCAGAUUAUGCUUUCUAUAACUAGCUUGUUAGUGAGGUUAGUAGAACUUCAAAAGAUCCCCAAAAGAAAUAACUGUUGGCCUUAUAUAUACAUUUCUGCAAGCAGGUUCACUUAGCCAAACUCGUUAAAGAUGAUGCGAGGGGCUAGAGAUGAUUGUCAGCUUCUCCUAUUACAAAAGUCAAUGGACCAUUAAUCCAGUCUUUUGGAUAUGCAAAGAAGCCUUCAUUGCUGAUUUCAACCAGUCUUAGGCUUCAACUUCCUAAUCAAGCCCCCUUAAGUAUAAGUAAUGCUUGGAGGUUGUUGGAGUCUAUUGAAUGGUCCGUAAGGCCUACCAAUUGUCUGAGCCCAGCAAAUUUGCUUUGGUUAAGAGGUCACUUCCUGUCCCUUGCUUCUUGGUUUCUGCUGGACAUCCUUUAGAAUGUAUUCUCCCUUCCUUCUUAGAAGAAGCAUAAAGGAAAAUGUCAUCAAGCAGCUUUGAUAUGCAUCUGCAAGAGAUUCAUGCGACUUGGAAUGGUUUACAUUGUAUUUAUUUUUUCACUUAUAAAAAUAACACAUGCUAUGCUAUCAAAAGAGUAAGGAUUUGCUUUACUUUCCCCCCUCUACCCGACAAUACAAGGCAAAAAAAAAA